AUAUUCAAUGAGAUUUUCUGUAAAAUUAACAAAUUAAUGAUUAUCACGAAUAGAUAGAAAUGUUAGAACGGGUUUUCACACAGACGCGAGGAUAAAUAUUGAACAGAUAAAGAAUGAGGUUGUUAUUUGGACCAGGGAUUAUCUUGAUAACGAUUUUAGUUCAUUCAACACAAGCAGCAACAUGUAAUGAUCAACCUGCACCAUGUGUGGAAGGUAAAUUUUGUGUUCAGUCUUCAAUCAACGAAGUGGUAUGUGUUGGGUGUAGUUCAGCAUGUAAUGGUUGUGUAGGAACUGGAUCAGAUAAUUGUAUUGCUUGUGCUAUAGGAUAUAAAAAUGAGUUUGGACAAUGUGUAGAAUGUCCAGUUGGUCAGUAUGGAGUUGAGUGUGUUGGCAAAUGUCGUUGUUUAAAUCAGCAAACAUGUCGUAAAACAAAUGGAUUCUGUGAUGGUUGGAAAUGUGCGCGUGGUUACGAACAACCACCUUUUUGUAAUUCUAGCUGUGUUAAUAAGACGUAUGGUGUUGAUUGUGCUGAGAAUUGUCAUUGUCCAGUAAAUGAUACAUGCAGCUCUAUUAAUGGUUUGUGUUCAUCAGGAAGAUGUGCUGUAGAAUAUGGUGGUCCCAGUUGCUCAAUUCGUUUACCCAAACUAAUUGCUCCACCAAUCCUAGUGAGUGUGGCUUGUAGGCGAGUCAGAGUUGGAUGGAAUGCAUGGAAGGAAGAAAUAGAUAUUGGGGAAAAUUCUAUCGGACAAUACAGUGUGAUGAUUCAACAAAAUGGCUCUGAUUGGCAACUUUAUUAUACACAGGGGACAACAAAUGGUUUACCAUCAUACACAAUAGAUGUAUUAAACCUGGCUCCUGAUACUUUCUAUAGAUUUAGAAUAGAUUCACAUAGAAUAGUGGAUGGUAAAAUAGAGCCAGCUACCCCUGGUGUUGUUUCAGGUUGGACUUUUAUCCCCUGUACAGUAAUAACAUCAACAUCCCCAGCUCCAGAAACAACUACAAGAUCAUAUAUAGGUGCUAAAGUAUUUGUAAGAUUGUCUCUAGAUUUUUUGCUUAAUGAAGAUAUUGAAGUAAAGUGGGAUUUGACACCUGGUGUUACCAAUUUAAACUUUGACGUGAUGUUAACCUAUAUGCUUGUUGGUGCUGGUGACUGCAUUACUUUUGAAGGUGAAAAUAAAACUAUACAAGCAACAGAUAAAUUUUCAGCCAUAAUUAUACCUAACAAUGAUUUGGAGCCUUACAGACGAUAUUUAGUCACUGUAGAAGCUACUGGAACGUCACCAGUCAUAUCUGAUAAAUUAUCUCAAACAAUCGAAACAAAUGAAAUAGUACCUUCUGGAAUGAUAACUGGAAUUAGUUCUGAUGACAUCAAAGCAAGAUCAGUGGAACUGACAUGGAUAAAUAUGGACUGCUUAUCUCGUGGGGGCCUGCUAGUUAGAUAUGAUGUGAAGACAGUCAACGAAAAUGAUAAAACUAUACGCAAUGACGGUGUAAACGUAACAAAAAUAGUUUUAACUGGUUUAACUCCCUACACACGUUAUACUACUACAGUUAGAUAUGUUAAUGCUGUAGGAGAAAGCAAUUACAGUCAGCCAUUUUCAUUCCAGACGGCUGAAGAAGCUCCAUCAGCAGUUACUGUAAAGGAUUUAAGUGCCACAGAGAAUACCAUUACUGUGAACUUUGAUCCACCACAACAACCCAAUGGUUUAGUGUCUGAAUAUAGUAUUACAUAUAGUGAUAAUGCUGAUUUCAACUUCCCUACAUCUUUAACCCAGACUGCUAGUGGUACAGCUAGAAUACAAAAUCUUCGGGCCUUCACUCUCUAUUAUGUUAAGAUUCGAGCACAAACAGGGGGUGGAACUGGACCAUAUGGUGGAACAAAAAGUAUUCAAACUCUCAGAGAUCUACCAACGGCACCAACUGAUUUAAUAUUUACCUUUAGAAACACAACCUGUUUAAAUAUAUCCUGGAGCCCUCCAACACAACUCAAUGGAAACCUAAUAGCAUAUGUGGUAUUGCUAGAAGCUGUAUUACCAUCAUCAGGUACAACUACUCGUAUAGGCCAAAUUCAACGAACAAUAACCAGUGUAAGUAAAUGUGGUCUUAUGCCAAGUCAACUGUAUCGUUUCUCUGUCACUGUAAUGAAUGAUAGAGGAGAGGGUCCAGCAAUCACCAGAGAUUACUGGACGGAUCACGACAACCCCCCAAUUCCCACCGCACCCAUAUUUGUCAACUCGACUUAUUCAACAAUUACAAUCUUUAUAAGCCCAGUGGCUGUCCCCUCUGGCCCAGAAAUUAAAUAUGAGAUACAAGUAGAGAAGACAAACAACAGGAAAAAAAGACAUUCAUCUGUUCCAGGAUAUGUGACAGCAGAAUUAGGUCAACAAGAUGUUUCUGUACCCAGAGCAUUUACUAUUGGUGACAACAACAUAUAUAAUACAUACACCAAUACACCCCUAGAAGCUAACCAGUAUUAUGAUAUUUAUUAUGUCGUGCUGAGCACUCUAAACAACAGGACCAAGGUUAGGUAUGCUAAGAUGGAAUCUUCUAUUCAAGCUAUACCAGCUACUGUUCUCCCAACAACUACUUCACCUCCUCCAGCACAGGCAAACACCAAUAUCAUUCUUAUUAUUGUUAUAGUCAUUAUCAUAUUGAUAAUUAUUAUCAUCCUUAUUAUUGUUAUCUGUAUAUGUUGGAGGCGUCGUCGAAGACCACCGCCUUAUAAACCGUAUGUACCAGAUGAACUAGAUAUGACCAUAUAUGAAGGUGAUUAUGAUCCUGAGACUUACUGGAAUAAAGUUUGUUCCUUCAGAGAAAGUCGUUACAUCAUUGCGGGAAGAGAUAUGUUACCGUCGGAUCCAAAGACCGAUAUGAAUGGCUACACAAUUUCUGGACCUGAUACAGAUCGCAUAUCAUUCAACAAGGAAUUCCAUUCGCUUCCUCAUGUUACUAAAUCUGCUACUGAUAAUGCUGCACGAAUGAGAUGUAACGAAGCCAAGAAUCGAUUUCCCCAUCUAUUGCCUUUUGACCAAACCAGGGUAAUUCUGGCUCCUGAUAAGAAUUCUGACAGUGAUUAUAUAAAUGCCAAUUAUAUUAAUGGUUAUAAAAAAGAAAGGGCUUACAUAGCAGCUCAAAGUCCUUUCAAUAAAGACACAGUUUUGGACUUUUGGCGAAUGAUUUACCAGGAACAUAUAAAAACAGUGGUAAUAAUAACCAAUGUAGUGGAAGAUGAUAUCGUGAAAUGCACCCAGUAUUGGCCAGAAGUAGAUAAUGCACAAAUAUCUAUUGGUGAUUUCUACCUGGAACUUGUAGAGGAGGAUAAAUAUGCAGAUUUCAUCAUCAAGACAAUUCACAUGCAAAAAUCUCUUUCUGGAUCCAAGAGACAAGUUGUUCUCUUUGAUUACAUAACCUGGCCCGAUCAUGGUGUUCCCAGAGAUCCCAUACCUCUUCUGGAAAUGAGACGCAAAUGUAAAAAUUACCAUAACAAGGAUCAGGGGUCAAUUCUAGUUCAUUGUGGAACUGGUAUGGCCAGAACUGCAGUGUUUAUUGCUGUUGAUUCUCUGAUAGAUCAGUAUGCUAGUGAAGGCCGGAUAAGCGUGUAUAAUUUUGUCAAGACCAUGCGUAAACAGAGACCGUCAAUGGUUCGUACACUUGGACAAUACAUCUUUAUCUAUGAGUGUCUGUUUGAUCAGUUCUAUGCAGGAGACACAUGGGUUGGUCAGGAUUUGAAGCAGAGAUUUCACAAACUUAUUACAAACAAUAAAAAGACUGGACACUCAUACCUUAAAGAUCAAUUCCGUCUGUUAGAGAAAUUUACACACGGCCCCCCUGGCUAUAGUUGUUCUAAUGCUCUCUUACAAGCAAAUCUUUUAAAAAACAGAUAUCACGAUGUAAUCCCACAUAAUGAUGACCGUCCAAUAUUAGUGACUCCUGGUGGGAGCAACAGAACUGAUUACAUUAAUGCUGUGUACAUGGAUGGUUAUGAGAAAACCAGACAAUUUAUUGUGACUCAAACUCCCCUACAUACAACAAUUAUUGACUUUUGGAAAUUAGUGUAUGAUCAUGAAGUCAGUACCAUAGUGAUGAUGGAAAAUUAUGAUUGCAAAGAUGAUACAUGUGCUAAGUACUGGCCAGAGACUAAGAUGAAACAGUAUGAACCAUUUUUUAUUGAGGCUUCCACUGUCACACAAAGAGACAAUAUAACAUGUCGAUUAUUUAAAGUUCACAAUCUUCAAAAACCAUAUGAAAAUCCCCGUGUUGUUUGCCAAUUUCAAUUUAAUGCCUGGUCUGAGCCCUAUUUUACCCCAGUUUCCAAGGCCAUGAUGCUGGAUCUUAUAGACGUUGUCCAAGAUUGGCAGAUGCAAUGUAAUGGGAAUUCCACACCUAUUCUUGUUCAUUGUAAAGACGGUGCCACACAUUCUGGUCUCUAUACAACACUCUCGGUAGUGUUAGAGAAAAUGGAUAAAGAUAAUGAAGUUGAUGUUUUCCAUACCAUUCGACACAUCAAGAAACAGCGAAAACAAAUAAUUUGUCAAAUGGAACAAUACAGAUUCGUCUACAAAGCAUUGUGGGAUUUUAUCAAUUUAAGAAUGGAAGGUGGAAAACUUACAGAAUUAAUGGAAAAAACUAAUGGAAGCUUUGAAUAUGACCUUUCAAGUGAAGUUUGAAAAAUUCUGAUAAAUAAUAUAACAUUUUGGACAAUAGAUGAUAAACAGUUGCUAAAUACAGAUAACAAAUGUGACAUCAAACUGGAUUUUUAAAAUACAUUGUAUAUGUGUAUAUUCUGUAUAAUAUUUUUCCAAAUUGGUAAAACUGUUUUUUAUAACUGUUUAUCAUCUAUUGAUGAGAUUUCAUUUAAAGAGUGCCAAUAUGCUUUUUAGUUAAAUCAGCCUUACUUGUUAUUUUAUUCUGUACUGAAUAUUAUUAGCAAAUACCAAAUAUUUUUAAGUGAUAUCUUUGGCCUAUAGGGUAGAAUGUAUCUUGCCUUAAUUUAUAUUUUUACAGACUUUGGAAACAAUUUAUAUUUUUAACUUAUUUAUAUUAGAUGUAGAAAUAUGUUUAGGAAUGAAAGUCAAACGAAAACUCUAUUCUUAACAUUCAACUAAAAUUUUCUAAAUGAAAAAUUUAUGGAUCUCACUUAAAGGACAUAACUAUCCUUUUGAUUUAAAAUUUUCUCUUUGACAUUUAAAGUGCUAGUUUGAUUGAAUUUUGAAAUAUUUAAUUAUUAUGGGUUUUUUAUUAAAUGAUUUAUAUAGAAGUCAUAUUUGUAUUAGCUUGAUCUCAUAUUUAUAAACAUAUAUUGAAAUUUCAAUGAUUUUGAUUUAAUCUUUGUUUCUCCAUGUUUUUUAUUUUUAUUGAGCCAUUAUUUAUGUUAAAUAAUGAACAUCUAAAAAUAUAAGAAAUAAGUAGCAUUUUCGGGCUAUUUUACCGUUUUUUUGCCACACUUAUGCUGAUACCAGUCCCUAAAAGAAUAUACAGCCUGUUUCUGUCUUUAUCUUUAAGUCAAAUUAAAUGAUUUCAGAGAAAACUAACCUUCAUUUUUCACACCAAAAUUAAGUGACAUUUAUCCAUAUGGAAAAUUUUAUUUAGUUCAUAAUAAAACCAUGGACUGUGUAUUAUAUAAACAUUCCAUGAUCAGACUUAUAUUAAAAUAAUUUUUUGGGAGCAUUGGAUCUCUCACCAAUCACUGAACUGAGAUAUCGGAUACUUAACAUUUGAAAUUAUGAGAUAGAAGUAUUCAAAUAUACUAAAAGAACUGUGGAAGCAAAUGAAAAUAUUGUUCACAAUAUACUUAUAGAUUUUAAUAUUAUUAAAAAUAGUGAAAAUCCUUUGAAACGUUUUAAACGUCAUCCACAGUAGCUUGUGGAUUCUCUGAUAAUUACUGUAUAGCCUUUGAUCAAUUUGAAAAAUCCUGUGGAUGCUCUAGAGGCUGAAAUUAUUAUAUGGUUGACUUGAGAUUUAUACACAGUGUCUAAGUCCGUGAGACAAAGAUGCUUAUUGAUGUACAGGGAUUUCCAAUAACUACCGUCAAAGUUAUUGCCCUUUGAAAUAUCUUGUUGACAUUCAAGAGGCAAAAGUGAUCGCCAGAUUGACUUCCCUCAGACCAGAAGCCUAUGGUUAUCAAUGAUUUCCGAGUUAUGGCCCUUGAUCGAUUUGAAAAAUCUUGUGGGCACUUCUAGAGGCAAAACUAUCACCCAACUGACUUGAUACAUGUAUUUAUACACACAAACAAAAAUAAAUUUUCCAUGAUUUGCAAUAACUCAAACAGCUGAAGUUAUCUGAUUAUCAGAACAGGUUUUAUAUAAUAAAUGUCAACACUAAGAAGAACUAGAAGUCAAUCAAAUUUGAAUUAUUUAUGAUAAUGACUGAAAGGGUUGUUACACUUGAUCAGAAUUUAGUCUCUUGUAAAUGGUCACCAUACCUUUAUUGACUGCACUGGUGACUUAGCUGCUGUGAGUGUACGUAUAUUUAGUUGCCUGGGAACCUGUCUUUUUAUAUGUAUCAUUGAGAGCUUAUAUAAUUCUUUGUUAGGCUUAAUUUAUAGUAGGGCAAUUUGGCAGCUACCCCACGACCUCUAAAUGAUGAAAAAUGCUAAUUUUAAUCAAGGUAGAAUAAAAAAAAAUGCAUAAUUUCAUGAAAACUAUCAUACAUUAUAAACUUCCUAUUAAAACAAUCAUUCCUUUGGUGCCCUUAAUUCAAAUACACCACCAAAUUAUUCAGUAUUCUGUAAAUUUUGAUAUUAUUCCAACUAUUGAAUUAUGUUUGUCAAUAUUACCCUUUUACAACUACAUGUAUUUAUAAAUAAAGAAUGUUUUUGUAUAAA